GUGGGAUACAAACGUCGUGUCCGUGGACGAGGAUAGCCGUCUUUUUACAAAAUAAUCACCGCCAAAUGAUGUGAUCAUCGCAGCCUCGGUAAUCGUGACUUUGACAUUGACCACCAUGUCGUUACCCCAGAAUACCCUUGACUUUUCGUUCAACUUGCCGAAACGACUCAGGCCGCCAAAUCUUACCUUUGCAAAUGAAAGAAAACCCGUUUCUUCGAUACAGAUCGAGGCCGACUCUCCCACCGAGCUCUCCGACGACGACGACGACGACAUUCUCAAACUCGACUCGGGCGAUUCUUCGCCUUCAACGUCUCCCAUGGCACCAAUGCUCAAUUUCUUUUCAUCAGAUGAGGAUGCCGCCUCUGACGACAUAAAUCAGGGAUUCGCGGCUCUCGAACAACUACGAAAGAGUGUACAGAAGAACCUCCGUCUGCGACCUAUUCGUUCGCAUGCUUCUCUCAACAGCGCCAAGAUGCGUUCUUCAUUCGGAUCCUUCUCGCCUCAGUCCGUGUGGGAGGAGGUCGCCAGUCCAGCAUCCAGUACGGCUUCGUCGUACUUUACACCAACAUCAGAUGCACGAGACUCACCGUCAAGUGCUCGCUGGGUUGGCUCGAGUGCCUCAGACUCGUCGUCUCUACCCCGUUCUCCGUCUCCGCAACAGCGUCAGAGUCGCUCUGUCGACCCCGGCUGCCUAUACGAGCGGCUGACAGCCCCAACACGGCCCCUUCUCGUCGACACUCGGCCGCCCGCCGUACACCUGUCGUUCCAUAUCAAGCAUAGUAUCAAUGUUGCAAUUCCGUCGCUCAUUCUGAAACGAUGUCGCAAACCUGGUGGAGGAUUCCAGUCCCUAGAUUCGCUGCGCCAGUUUAUCACCACGGAGGAGGGCAAAGAGGCCUGGGACGAGCUGAUGCGGCCUGGAGGAUCUUGGGACGGGGAUGUGGUCGUGUACGACGACGAGAUGGAUGAGAAAGACAGAGAGAAUAUGGCCAUCACAGCCUGGGCACUGCUUUCUGUGAUACAGCCACUGCUAAGCUACGGAAAUGUUGAUUAUCUCAUUGGCGGUAUCUCAUCCGCAGGACACCACCCCGAUCUUGAAACGCUUAUCGUCUCAGGUGGCGGCUUGGACUUCGGGGACGAACCGGCUAAGACAGGGUCAAAAGGCGGGGGUUUGUUUCAGCUUGUUACAAACAAACCUUUUUACACAAAGUCUUCGCUCGAGAUUAACCAGAAUUUUUCUUCCAUGUCGUCAACUCUGGCAGCUCCACCAUGCUCUCCCCUGCCUCUCAUGCCUAUGGCGUCCAAUUACAAGGCGUCCAAUGUGAAUGUCAUAGACGCCUCCCCGUCACCGCCUCCUUCACAAGCUGCUUUUCGUCGGCCACCUCCACCUCGACGGCCCAGCGUGCCCAAUCUUCGCCGUAUCGAUACAAAAUCUGCUGAACGGCUCAAUUUGUCCUUGCCUAAGCUGCAUGUACGCACAGUGCCCAUAAAGUCUGCCACACUCUCUGUCCCACCAACUUCCCUAUAUCCUCCAUCGCCUUCACACCUAAAUCUUGCGCAUUCAAACCAUACCCCACCUGUCUCAGCCCAUUGGGUGACGUCUCCUGCAUCGCCUCUGUCGUCAACUGAAAUUUUCUCGGCAUAUUUCACUCCACCACACACACCAGGCACACCAAAAGGGUUCUACAUGCCCCCUUCGCCACAUACUGCACGUCCGGACGACCAGCCACCUACUACUGAAGAACCGUUCCCACCAUUCACCGUGUCGACGAUAUUACCCAAUUUUUUGUACUUGGGACCGGAGCUGACAUCGCCUGAUCAUGUAAAGGAGCUGAGGGACCUCGGGGUACAGAGGAUUCUGAACAUCGCAGCCGAGUGCGAUGCUGAUGAUCACGGACUGCAUCUGAAGAACGAGUUCGACAGAUAUUUCAAAAUUCCGAUGAGGGAUACCGUUGAGGAGGAGAAUAUUGCCCAGGGUGUUAGGGAGGUUUGUGAAAUUCUGGAUGACGCCAGACUUCAUUCGUCACCAACGUAUGUGCACUGUAAAGCUGGCAAGUCUCGGUCAGUAACUGCCGUCAUGGCGUACCUGAUACAUGCAAACCACUGGACACUAUCGCGAGCGUAUUCGUUUGUGCUCGAGAGACGGAAAGGGAUCUCUCCCAACAUUGGAUUCGUCUCUGAAUUAAUGUCGUUUGAGGAAGAAGAGCUGGGAGGCAAGUCGGUGGGCGUACAGCCGCCAUCGGUCAAUGUGGACGGGAGCGAUGGGGAUGGAGGCGGGGGCGGGGGACACGUGAACUACGCGGUGGCUGCUGGGAACCGACGGGGCGGACAUGUGAGGGAGAGCUUACCGCCUGCGUUGCUGAGCGGGGAGCCCGGGCCAUUGAGCGCAGGCGGGAUGGAGAUGCGGGUAAUGGGUGACUCUGGACAGGAGGUGGAGAUCAAGGACGCGACGGGCCGGUAUCGGCAUGCGAGACGAGCGCCGGUGGAUGAGAACACGCUUCAACCAAUGCGGAGGGUCAGCAAGGCGGGCUUGGAGAGUUCAGUCAGCGUUUCAUAGCAGUCAGUGACUUAUCACUACUUAUUUAUUGUG